GUGGUGAUAUAAUAGCCAAGUGGGGGAGAGAUAUAACAAAAUGAAGAUGAGAGUGAGGAAGCAUUUAGAAAGAUUCAUUUAUUUCUGUGACAAGUCCCUGGCACAGUGUGUCAAGAUCACUUAAUCAUAAUAAUUUUUGUGUCGUUUUAUUUCUUUCAAAGUGAUCACAUAAAUUUCAUCGAUUCACUAUGAGGAGGAUUAUUUCAAAUUAUUUUGUUGCUUUUAUUUUACUAGUGUCAGGCGCAACUGCUAAAACAGUUCUAGACACUGAUUUAACCUCCGAUUUCACCUCUACCAACGACGAUCAAUACCCGUGGAGUAGUGCGCUGCCUCCGCGAGGACCAUACUACCAUCAGGACAACACCAAGAGGACAAUUGACAUUAUAAAUAGUGAUAAUAUACCAAUAAAUCAAUAUGAUAAAUCAAUUUUAAAUAAUGAAAAAACAUGGUCAUUAUCACAAAAUAAAUAUAAUCAACAUUUUAUUAAAUCACAUGAUAUUUAUGACGUGAUAAAAAAUAAAAAUUUCAUGGAUAAUUCAAACAAGCAAACAAAUACAGAUAAAUUAAAUUUAUUGGAUAAUAUUGAACAUGAAAAGAUCAAAGUUGAAAAAAGUAUUAUAUUACAAAAUAAAAUACAGCAUCAGGAAUACAAGAAGAAUUUUAAAGUAGAUGAAAAAAAAUAUAUCAAAAAAAAAUAUACUGAUAGUAUAUUGAUGAAAAGUGAUUUAGUAAAAAAUAAAAUUGAUAUAUUAAAUUUAAAAAUUGAUAAUGUUAAUAAUAGCAACAAUGCAAACAAUGACAAUGACACAAAAAAUCGUGAAGAAAGAUCAACAAAUGAUGAUGAUAAAUACAUUGAAUCAAAAGAUCCACUUGAAUCACGUGUUACACCAAUAUCACUUGAUUUUAAUAGUGAUAAUUCAAAUGAUUAUGAUUACAUUGAUGAAAUGGAUGAAUUAUUAAAAAUUAAAAAAUUAGAAGAAAAAGAAAAUGCUAAUCGUCAAAAUAAACGAGGUGAUAUGGAUCCCGAGUCAUCAUUAUAUCCUUCAAUUGUAAUUGACGGUGUUGUAUUUGUACCAACGCGGGGUGAUGUUGUUGCUAAUCAACCAGUCCAAACAAUUGACAAAAAUAAACGAACAAAAAGAAUGGCAAGUACUAAUAAUGAUGAUGAUAAUAUUUGGGGUUUUGAUGAAGAUGAUGGAAUGCCAUCUGAUGAUUAUGAUAGAUCAAUUAAUCAUGAAAAUAAUAUACGUCAAAAUGAAGAAAAUAAACGUUCACGUGAAUGGCAACGUAAAAGAUAUAAUGAUGAAAUUGAAAGACGUAAAUUGAUAAAACAAAUGUCAAAAAAAGAUGAAAAUCGUGUUAAAACUGAAAUUGACACAAUUAAAAUUGAAUAUGAACGUAGAUUGGAAAAACAACGUAAAGAACAAGAAGAAAAAUUACGUUCGUAUAUUGAACGUAAUAGACCAAUUGUUGUUAAUAAUUAUAGAGUCAAUAAACAAGAUGAAUUGUCUCGACAAAAUACAAGACAAUCAUCAAGAUUAAAUCCACAAAAAUCAACACGUUAUAAUCAAGAUGAUAGAAUGCAAAGAUCUAGAGAUGAAUUAUCACAAAGAAACACAAUGAAUUUAAGAAAAUCAUCAUCAAAUAAUUCAAAUUCAAACAAGCCAGAUUAUUAUUCACGUAAUCCAUCAUCAACACGACAAUCACAAUCACAACGAGACAAUGAAAAUCUUGGUCGUCGUCGUGAAAUUGAACGUGAAUCAUUACGACAACGACAUUAUCAAGAUCAAAGAAGAAGACAUAAUAUUUUUGAACAAAAACGUCCAAAUACUGGAGUUAUUAAUAUCACUAAAAUAGAACAUAAUAAUCAUCAAAGUAAAGAUGAAAUUGCUAGACUUGAAUCACUACCUGUCGCUGCUAAAAUAAUCAUUGAUCCAAAUUUAUCAACAGGCAUUUUAUCACGCGGAUAUUUUGAUGACAGUGAUAAUUUACCAUCAAUUGAUCCAAACAGACCGGGUCUUGAAAUAUCAAAUUUUCCAGCAUCAAAAACACGAAAAACAUUAAAACCACCAAAAAAAAUACCAGAUCCAUGUAGUUGGGCAAUUGUUCAUUGUUGUCCAAUUGCAGAUAAUAAUCGAAGAUUAAUAAAUUGUUUUGAAAAUUUUAAUUGUCCUGGUGUUAAUUGGGAUCCAAGUCCUUGUCGACAAUCAAUUUCUAACGCAGCACGCGACGACAUAGUAAGAUACUAUGCAAUGAAAAAAUAAUAAAUAAUUUUUAAAAUAAAUAAAAUGUAUUUAAAAAAAAAAAUUUAAUAAUAGUUAGUAUUUUUAAAUAAAUAAAUAAACUUUAAUAAAAUUGUCAA